AUGGCUAUUGACAACCCGAGUGAAGAUCCGGCGGAUAACUUCAAAUUCUUCGGCUUGGGAGGAUGUAAUGAGGUGGGGCGUUCGUCCCAUAUAUUGGAGUAUAAAAACAAAGUUAUUAUGUUGGACUCUGGUGUCCAUCCAGGUCUCAGCGGGAUGAAUUCAUUGCCAUUUUUCGAUGAAUACGAUUUAUCCAAAGUCGAUAUCUUGUUGAUUAGUCAUUUUCAUUUGGAUCAUGCCGCUUCAUUGCCAUACGUGAUGCAACAAACAAACUUCAAAGGCCGUGUUUUCAUGACCCAUGCAACCAAGGCCAUCUACCGUUGGUUACUAUCAGAUUUCGUCAGAGUUACAUCUAUGAACGGUGGUGGCGAUGAAGGAAGAAGCGAAAACAACUUGACGAACGCUUCAGGCUCUGCCAAUCUAUAUACAGACGAAGACUUGAUGGUUUCGUUUGAUAGAAUUGAAACUAUCGACUACCAUUCUACUAUUGAGGUCGAUGGUAUCCGUUUCACUGCCUACCACGCUGGCCAUGUUCUUGGUGCUUGUAUGUACUUUGUUGAGGUUGGUGGCCUCAAGGUUCUUUUUACAGGUGACUACUCUAGAGAGGAAGAUCGCCACUUGAAGGUUGCCGAAGUCCCACCCACACGUCCUGAUGUUUUGAUCACAGAGUCUACAUUUGGCACAGCUACUCAUGAGCCAAGACUAGAAAAAGAAGCACGGUUGAUGAAAUUGAUUCAUUCGACUAUCCUAAAAGGUGGCCGUAUUCUUAUGCCUGUUUUCGCAUUGGGAAGAGCACAAGAAUUACUUCUUAUUUUGGAGGAGUACUGGUCACAAAACAAGGACAUUCAAAACGUCAAUAUAUACUACGCCUCUAACCUUGCACGAAAAUGUAUGGUAGUGUAUCAAACAUACACCAGCAUCAUGAACGACAGCAUCAAGGUGAAUGCAGCAGGUUCCGCAAAAUCCAACCCUUUUGAUUUCAAAUUUAUCAAGUCCAUCAAGAGUGUUGAUCGAGUUCAUGAUAUUGGGCCAUGUGUGGUAGUGGCAUCCCCAGGUAUGUUGCAAAGUGGUGUCUCCCGUCAGCUUUUAGAGAGAUGGGCACCUGAACCCAAGAAUGCAGUUAUCAUGACAGGUUAUUCGGUUGAAGGAACAAUGGCGAAGGAUCUUCUUCGUGAACCACCUUCGAUUCCCUCCAGCAAUAAUCCAGAAAUGACCAUCCCUCGACGUCUCACGGUCGAUGAAAUAUCUUUUGCGGCGCAUGUAGAUUUCAUCGAAAACUCGGGUUUUAUAGAUGAGGUAAGCCCCAAGAAAAUCAUUUUGGUACAUGGUGACAGUAACCCUAUGGGUAGACUCAAGUCUGCAUUACUCAGUAAGUACCUGUCCAGGAAGGGUACAGACGAUGAAGUCAAGGUAUUUAAUCCUAGGAACUGUGAGGAGGUCACUAUAGGAUUCAAGGGAGCAAAGAUGGCUAAGGUCGUGGGAAGUCUCGCUGAAGCUCAAAUGGAGUUGAUAAAGAAAGCGCUCCACGAACAAGAGACAAAAGCUAAAAUUGAAGAAGUUGAUGACAAUGGUGUCAAAAAAGAGGACGACAUGGCUGUCGAAAAGAGUGACGAUGCUACCAAGAAAGAAGACGAGGAUGACACAGAAAAAGGCACUAAGAUAAUAGACACAGGCAUCAGAAUAUCUGGAGUCCUCAUAUCCAAGGAUUUUGAUAUGAACAUCAUGAGCCUUGAAGAUUUACCGGAGUAUUCUCAACUCAAUACUUCAGUCGUUAAGUCUAAUGCCAAACUCAAGGUGCACGCUAAUGUCUCAUUGAUAGAAUGGCAUUUAGAGCAGAUGUUUGGCCACAUCAGCGUCGCGAAAGACGAUAAUGAGACUUGGGAAUGUGCCAUUAUGGAUAUGGUAUACAUUACUGUUAACAAGGUAGAGUCAGCAGGAGCCUUGAAUGUGACUGUGGAAUGGAUUAAUGAUGAUUUGAUGGGAGAUUCGCUAGCAGACAGUAUCGUUGCUAUUCUCCUUUCGAUAGACUCUUCGCCAGUUUCGGUGAAGAUGACUUCUCAGCAUUGCUCUCAUAGUCAUGUCAAACAAGAAGAUGAUGAAGAUAUGGUGAAACAAGAGGCACCAAAGAGAGCUCAUGCCAACAGCGAUAUAGCCAGCCGAAUCAAGAGAAUAAGUUCUCUCUUGAAGUCGCAAUUUGGUGACUCAAUCAAGAAAAACGAUGGAAAGGAAAUUGUCAUCGUGAUAGGUAAGAACGAAGCCAAGGUUGACCUUAACAAGCUUGAGGUUGAGUGCGGUUCAAGAGUACUCAAGGAUAGAGUGGAGAACAUUGUAAAAAGAGGUGCCACACUUGCUGCUCCAUUGAGCUAUCCUGAAAAAAUGGUCUCAGUAUAA